AUCAGCUGUUCCCUGUCCCUGUUGUUGCUCCGGCAAAAAUAAUGUUGUAUUUGAAGUUUUAUCCAUUUCAUUAUUUUCUCUCCCUAUUUUUAUUUCAAGCGAGUUUUGAAGUUUAUAUUUGAAAUCAUAAAGACAACAGUUUCAUAUAUUAUAAUGAGAACAGUUGCUCUCAGAAUCAAGGAACAAACAUUUUUUGUUUGCAUUAUACUUGAUAUGUUCAACUUCUAGGUUAAGACAUGACCAUUAUUUUGUACAGUGUAUUAUUGACGCGUCCUUUGAUUUGAUUUUUUCAUUUCUAUACUCAAUUCAACAAUAAAUUAUGUCCUCCGAUGAAAUCAAAAUGAAGUCGGACGAUCCUAAAUUCAGGAUAACUCCGACACAACAGACGCUUGCUGCAUGCACUGGAGCUCUCUUCACUUCUGUGAUAGUUACACCGUUGGAUGUGGUCAAGAUUCGACUUCAAACUCAACAGAAAAACUUGGCGACAAAUAAGUGUUUUUUGUUUUGUAAUGGCCUCAUGGAUCACAUUUGCCCAUGCAUUCCAACCAAGAGCUCUAGUCACUUCAAUGGAACAAUGGAUGCAUUCGUGAAGAUAGCGAGGAACGAAGGCAUACUGUCACUAUGGAGUGGCCUGUCUCCCACUCUGGUGCUAGCCGUGCCGGCGACGGUACUCUAUUUUGUCUCGUACGAACAACUGCGCACGCGUAUCAUGGACAGGUACCGCGCGUACGGCAAUGCUACGUCGGUGUCGGCCCGCCUCAAUCAGCCUCUCUGGGUACCGCUGGUAUCCGGCUGUUUCGCCAGGAUCAUUGCCGCCACUACUGUUAGUCCUAUCGAACUGGUCAGGACCAAGAUGCAGUCCAAGAGGCUCAGCUACACAGAAAUGAGCAUUGCCUUACAAAGUUUGAUGAAGACUGAGGGCCUGAGAGGUCUGUGGAAAGGUGUGGGGCCUACUCUUCUACGAGAUGUACCAUUUUCUGGUAUCUAUUGGGUUUCCUAUGAAACUCUGAAGUCCAUUCAAAAUGGUGGAUCAAGUCGAGUCACGUUCACUAACAGUUUUAUUUCUGGAAGUCUUGCUGGAGCUAUUGCAGCAACAGUGACAACGCCAUUCGAUGUAGUGAAAACAUUUCAACAGAUUGAAUUAGGUGAUGAAAUUAUUUCUGAAAUCCCCAAAAAGAAAAAGACAACCCUGGACAUAAUGCGCACAAUCUACACUCAGAGCGGCAUCAAAGGAUUGUUCACAGGCCUCAUUCCUCGCGUAGUGAAAGUGGCACCCGCUUGUGCCAUAAUGGUGUCCACCUUCGAAUACAGCAAAAGCUUCUUCGAGAGUCGAAACUACAUGAAUUUCCAGCUCACACAGGUCAACUCGACCGUUAACCAAAGGAGAGAUAAGUAAAGUUACCAACUUGUUCUGAAUUGUAACAAAUGUAAAAUAUAUUGUACUUAUAUUGAGCUGGGGAAGAUUGAUUAUUUUAAAGUUUUGAUCAGAGAAAUAGGUUGUUAUAGAUGGUUUAGUAAUUAGAAAAAGGUUGAAAUAGCAGUGGCGUAAGAGCAGAAAACCUUUUUCUCUUAACUGAACCAUCUAUACAUAUUUUUGCCUCUCAUCAUUUUUCUCAUUUGUCUCAUCUAUUUUCUUAGCUCGUGAGUAACUUGAAUCAGCAUCACUUGAGUUACAAGAAUGAUUAAGUGAUAUAUUUUAUUCACACACAGAAAAUAUUGCUAUGUGAGAGGAUGAGCUAUGUUAAAAUAUAGCUAUGUGAAAAGUGAAAAUAUUGCUAUGUGCUAUAUGAUAUUCACACACAAAAAGCUAUGACUUUUAAUAAAAUCAGUAGAAUUGAUGAUGAUGUUGUGAAAUCUCUCCAUAAUAGGAACACAAAGAUAUUUUCAAAUUUCACUACUAUAGUGAAAUUUGACAAUAUCUUUGUGUUCUAUGACUUUUGUAGAAGUUGGUAAUUGUUAUUAGUAAGUUGAGAGAAAUAUGUCUUUUUCAGACUAAAAAUUGGUUAAAAAAUUAUGACGCCAUAAAAUAAGAUGAUUAUUUCUUGUGAAUUGAACAAAAUAUUUUGUUCACGAAACAAACUAAGCAAAAAUUAUGACUUUUCAUAUAAUGAAAUGUUUGAUUAGUCUUGUGAAUGGAAUAUUAGAUUUUCACAGAGUAAAAGAUUGAUAAUUGACAAAAUCCCGGUUGCACAAAAGCUGGUUUAAUUUUAAUCGUGAUUAAUUUCACGAGAACCAAUCAAAUAAGACCUUUUCUAAAAGGCGGCUUCUUUGAUAGGUUCUUGUGAAAUUAAUCAGGAUUAGAAUUUAACCGGCUGUUGUGCAACCGGCAUAAAGUGAUUGAUUGAAGGAAACCAAUGUUGAGUGAAGAGUGUUGUCUAGGAACUUCAUGCUCCUUUCUUGUAUACCAAAACUUUUCCCCAACAUAUUAUGUACCAAUAAUGCAUAACUCUUGAAAUUGUGAUAACUUUAUAUUAUUACCACCAUCGUA